UGGUGAGGGUAAGAUGGCGGCGCCGCUGUGGGCCGGGCGCUGUGCUGGAGUCCUCCCUGGGCCGCGGUGACCCUCUCCUCUCGGCGCCAUGAAGACCUUCUGCGGGCGGGCGAACCCCACGACCGGCGCAAUCGAGUGGGAGGAGGAAGACGAGGACUAUGACUAUCACCAGGAGAUCGCCCGGUCAUCUUAUGCAGAUAUGCUGCAUGAUAAAGACAGGAAUGAAAAGUAUGACAGUGGAAUCCAGGCUGCGGUCUGCAGGGUGAAAGAGCGUGGCCAGAGGGCAAUUGUCCUGGACAUUGGAACUGGUACAGGCCUGCUGUCUAUGAUGGCAGUAAGAGCUGGUGCUGAUUAUUGUUAUGCAGUAGAGGUUUUUAAGCCAAUGGCUGAUAUUGCACAGAAGAUCGUGGAUGAAAAUGGAUUCAGCAACAAAAUUAAAAUUAUCAAUAAACACUCGACUGAGGUGACAGUGGGGCCAAAUGGUGACAUGUCCAGUCGAGCUAAUAUCCUGGUUACAGAGUUGUUUGACACUGAACUUAUUGGAGAGGGAGCACUGCCAAGUUAUGAACAUGCUCACAAAUACCUUGUUCAGGAAGAAUGUGAGGCAGUUCCACACAAAGCCACAGUUUAUGCGCAGGUGGUGGAGUCAAAGCACGUGUGGGCCUGGAAUAAGGUGUUGCCAAUACACAUCCAACUGGACGGAAGCAAGGGCGAGAGGGUCAUUGUACCGCCAAGGGACAUGCAGGUGUGUGCUGGGUCUCCCUGUGUCUAUGAUAUCCAGCUGAACCAGGUGAACAGGAACCACUUCACAACCCUCACAGAGGUCAUAGAGAUAUUCAGGGUGGAUUUCAGUAAAGCAGUGAGCAGUUUGCCAGCCCGACAUACUGUGCAGGCCAAAGCAACUGCCAGUGGACAGGCUCAGGUUGUACUGUCCUGGUGGGACAUAGACAUGGAUCCUGAAGGGAGUAUCAAAUGUACCAUGGCACCGUAUUGGGUUCAUCCAACUCCAAAGAAUAUUCAGUGGCGGGAUCACUGGAUGCAGUGUGUUUACUUCUUACCAAAGGAAUUACCGGUUGAAGAGGGUGAAUGUUUACACAUUUCAGCAAUGCAUGAUGAUUACUCUGUGUGGUAUAGUCUGGAACGCAGCAGUGUUACUUGUGAACCUGAUAUACUGAGCGAGCGCCCCCUCUGCUCAUGUCAGGCCCAUCUCAUGUGUAACAGGCAGCGCUUUGGAGAACUAAAUGACCAACAUAGGAAUGAGAUUUACAUCAAGGCCUUGAAAACAGUUGUGAGACCAGAUAGCGUGUGUGUGGCCAUAAGUGAUGGAAGCCUGCUCUCUGUCUUUGCUUAUUUGCUGGGUGCCGCACAGGUUCACAGUCUGGAGAUUUCUGCCGUGUCCAGAAGAGUAAUGGAGAAGAUUUUAGCAGCUAAUGGCCUGACUGGAAAGGUGAUAAUUUCUGAGAGACGUCCAGAGCAGCUAACAUCUGUGGACGUGGGCAACAAGCAGGUAUCACUAUUGAUUGGAGAACCAUUCUUCACCACCAGCCUCCUUCCCUGGCACAACCUUUAUUUCUGGUAUGCAAGGACAUACCUUGCCAAGGUCCUGAGUAGUGAGUUGACUGUUUUGCCACAGUCUGCCAUACUCUUAGUGAUGGCUGUGGAGUUUGAGAACCUCUGGCGUAUCCGUGCUCCCUGUGGAGUAUGUGAAGGCUUUAACGUCAGCCUUAUGGACGAGAUGAUCCAGAAUUCAUUGAAUUUCCGUGAAUGUCAGGAGGCUGAACCCCACCCACUUUGGGAAUACCCGUGUCGGGCACUCAGUGACCCUUGCCAGGUCCUCCACUUUGAUUUUCGCCAGGAGGUACCAGAGCAGCCAAUUUACUCCACAGGAUCACUGAAGCUAUUGAGAUCAGGCAUUUGCCAUGGAGUGGUGCUUUGGAUGGACUAUUCCUUAAAUGAAGACAUCAGCAUCAGCACAGGGUUAACCAAACCCUACUCUCACACGGGUGACUGUAACUGGAACCCACACUGCAAGCAAGGUGUCUACUUCCUUAGUUCAGUGACGAAUCCCAAAAGCUCAACAGAUGGACUGAAUUCAGUAGCUUACAAUGUGACCUUUCACCCAGAGAGUGGUGAGCUAGCCAUGGAUUUCAGGUUGGCCCCAUGACCAGCCAAAGCUUUAUGGAGGAAGAGAGAGAAUGCACCUUUGUCUCUGGGUGAUGUCAGUAACUGCUACAGGAAAACUGAAUGCCUGAAACUAGACGCAAAUAUUGCUCUUGGGAAUCCUUUGGACACUCAGAAAACAAAAAGUUUUGUUUCAUCCUGUUUCUUCUGACAUUGAAUUUUUGGUACAAGCAAAAUUGGUUAUUUAAUCAUUGCACUCAACAUCAAAGCAGUGUAGAAUUAGCUGUGAUAAGGAAAAGAGGCAAGAGUUGAGUACACUGCUUGGCUCAGUCAGCAUUUUCAACAUGGUCAGGGGGUUCUAGCUUCACUCCAGGAAAGAACAUGCAAUCUAAGUUGACACUGCAGUGUAGUACAGAGCUAAUGCUGUGUUGUGUAUUUGCACAGAGCAAUAAACGAAUCUGGAGAUUUUUCCUAGUUCUACAGUUUUAGAGUAAUCCUCUUUCAUUACAUAGGGGACUACACUACUUUAUUUAAAUUUCAGGCUUGUUUUUGAAUCAUUUACCUUGAUUCAGAGUUAAGUACCUGUGCAGACUUUGCAGCAUGUCAUACAAGCUGAUACUCUGCUGUAUUGAGAACAUGCUGCAUUGCUAGAUGUUUUUGGUAAACUGAUACAUAACAGACCCUAUGGAGAAAUCUUCCUGUGCACUUGGCUGCCAGGCUUAUCUUUGUGGCAGUGGUGAUUGUCAAUACACACAUCAGUGUGUGAAAUAUUUGGGGAACAGGAGGAACUGUUAUGUAGCGAUUGUUUUUCUUUCCAUACUGGAUAUUUAAGGACGUUCGUCUUCCACUGGAUGUGACUGAAGAUUGAAUGUCAGUUUACUGGAGGGAGGAUGGUGAUGUCAAUCACUAUGUUGUAUUGUCCAUUACCACUGUUAGGACAUCUGACCCUGGUUAAAGGAAGUAAGUAAAUUGUUUCUGUGCGGUCCCUUAGCAAUGUGCUUUACCUCAUGGCCCUGCACCUCAUCUAGAACAAGCUGGCUUAUCACAAAAGGCACUACUAAUGCCUUGUGCUCCAUUGUUGAGUGUAAUCCUGGACUGUUCUAGUAGCCAUGGUUAGUAUAAACCCAAUGAGUUAUGCUGGCUCUAUGUGACUUAGCUUUUUGUUCAGUCAGUCUUGCUGGAGUUUAUUUAAUAAGUGUCACGAACUGUGUGGAAUGUAUUUGGUUCAGUUGUCUUGUUUGAGAUUAUGUGCAGGUGCCAUAGACUUGCAUGAGCUAUGAUUUUGCUGUCCUAAAUGCUUUUAGAAUGUACUAAUCACAGACUUGGAUUCUGCUGUUUGUAAACCACAUGCUGAUAAAAUAAAAUGAGCAGGCUCCA